AUGUCGUCUGAUGAGAUUCUUGAGAAGCUUAUUGCGAAAGAAAUUCUGCCGCAAUCGCCGAAUUGGGAGGGCACCGAAGCGUUCCUGAACCAGAUCGUCCAGGUGCUGCUCAAGUACAUCAAAGAGCAGAACGAUCGAAGCUCGAAAAUUUUGGAGUUUCACCAUCCCGACAAAAUGCAGCAAUUGAUUGAUUUGUCGAUACCCGAGAAGCCGGAGAACCUGCUGCAGCUCGUCAAGAGCUGCGAGCAUGUGCUCAAACUCGGCGUCAAAACCGGUCAUCCGCGUUUCUUUAAUCAGAUCUCGUGCGGUUUGGAUUUGGUCUCGAUGGCCGGCGAAUGGCUCACGGCCACGGCCAAUACCAACAUGUUCACCUAUGAGAUCGCGCCAGUCUUCAUUCUCAUGGAGAAGGCGGUAAUGGCGAGAAUGUGGGAGGCGAUCGGAUGGGAUACGGAAAAAGCUGAUGGAAUAUUCGCACCCGGUGGCGCCAUCGCCAAUUUGUACGCCAUGAAUGCCGCCAGACACCAUAUGUUCCCGAGAAGCAAACAUCUUGGAAUGAAGGAUAUCCCAACACUUUGCUGCUUCACUAGCGAGGAUAGUCACUAUUCCAUCAAAAGUGCCGCUACUGUCAUCGGCAUUGGUGCUGAUUAUUGCUUCAACAUUCCGACGGAUGCCAACGGCAAAAUGAUUCCGGAGGCGCUUGAGAGGAAAGUGAUCGAAUGCAAGAAGGAGGGCCUCACGCCGCUUUUCGUUUGCUGCACUGCCGGCUCAACGGUGUACGGUGCGUUCGAUCCAUUGGAGACCGUCGCCGACAUUUGCGAGCGACACAAAAUAUGGUUCCACGUCGACGCCGCUUGGGGUGGCGGUUUGCUAUUGUCGCCGGAGCAUCGCUACAAACUCGCCGGCAUCGAGCGCGCCAAUUCGAUCACGUGGAAUCCGCACAAACUCAUGGGAGCACUUCUCCAAUGCUCGGCGUGUCUUUUUCGACAAGACGGAUUGUUGUUCCAGUGCAAUCAAAUGUCAGCGGAUUAUCUGUUUCAGCAGGACAAGCCGUAUGAUGUCAGCUUUGAUACUGGCGACAAGGCGAUUCAGUGUGGAAGACACAAUGACGUUUUUAAGUUGUGGCUUAUGUGGAAGAGCAAGGGAAUGGACGGCUACCGUCAUCAGAUUAACAACUUAAUGGAUCUCUCGCAUUAUUUCACGCAGCGAAUCAAACAAACCGACGGCUUCGAGUUGAUCAUCGAGAAGCCGGAAUUUUUGAACAUUUGCUUCUGGUACGUACCGACGAAAAUCCGCCAUCUCGAGCCGGCCGAGAAGAAGGCGCGCUUGGAAAAAAUCGCGCCGAAAAUCAAGGCGGGCAUGAUGGCACGCGGGACGACGAUGGUCGCCUAUCAGCCGGACAAACAGCGGCCAAACUUCUUCCGGAUGAUCAUCUCGAAUCAGGCGAUCACCCGCGCCGACCUCGACUUUCUCAUCGAUGAAAUCGUUGCCAUCGGCGAAUCAUUCAACGAGGAACUCUCAAUGCGUUCAUUAGUCGUGGCGCUGAUUGUGGUGUUCGCCGUCGCUGAAUCGUCGAUCGUCCGUCCCGCGUACUAUGUGAGAAUCGCGCGUGCCGAUGAUCCGGAGCACACAUUCAAUAUGCUUGGACCUGCGCAAUUCUAUGAUUAUGAUGUCGGCGGUGGAAGUCAUCGCGAGACGCCGUCCGAUCGCGAAUCGUUCAAGUUCAUGGAGGCGCCGGUGGCGCUGAGCAAUCCGGUGUGGAACAUGUUCUCGAAAAUGACAGAUUUCUAUCGAUGGGUGCGCAGGGAUUAA